GCAGCGCAGACAUCAUAUCCGGUAAGAUUGCAACUCUCCAAACGGAAUUUGCACAGUGCACUCAUAGUUAUGAAUUUUCGCCAACUUUUGCCGACACAAUGCUUCCGGAAAAGUGUUUACCAUUCACGCAUUUUGCGCCCUGCAUGCCGAGCAGAGAGACACUUAUGCAUAUCAAACACAAAAAAUGACGAGGUGCGUCUUGCUGAAGAAGCAAGCAAGAAAUAUGGAUCUCCAGCUCCAACUAUCUUUUCCAGAGUGAUUGACAAAACUAUUCCUGCAGAUAUCAUUUAUGAAGAUGAUAAGUGUUUAGCUUUCAGAGAUAUCAGUCCACAAGCCCCUGUGCACUUCCUGGUUAUUCCAAGGGACCCUAUCCCCAAAAUCAGUGAAGUUAAAGAUGAUGAUGCUGAGCUGUUAGGUCACCUCCUAGUGGUUGCAAAAAAUGUGGCGAAGAAAGAGGCAUUGCACGAAGGUUACAGAAUGGUGAUCAACAAUGGGAAGCAUGGUGCCCAGUCUGUAUACCACCUUCACAUCCACGUCCUGGGAGGAAGACAGCUGAACUGGCCUCCAGGUUAACAGAUGGACUUCCUGUCUUAGAGGGGUUAGUUUCAUGUUAACCUUAAAGAGCAACUGCCCCGAAAAAACAAUUUAUCAUUUAGAAAACUCGAUAUUAGUCGGCAACAUUAUUCUACUGUCAAAAUUGACUACAAUGUGUAAAUAAGAUCAUUGUGUUCAUAAAGUCUGUUUCGUCCAAAAAUAGUUUUGUGACACUUGUGGUCAGGACUGCAUCACAAUGUAUAUUAAGGUAGGGUUUGUUUCAACCCUGCCCAAAUUCCCACAUCUGGCAGCACCCAUGAAGUAAUCAUCAAUUAGGAGCUUAAUGCCUAUGGUCAAUUUGGGUUGACUAUGGAUAUCCCUUGGGGCUAGUUACGGACCAUCAGUAAAUUACACAAUGUACAUGGGACAAUAUGUUACAAUUCCAAUAGCUCCAAAUGUCAAUGACUUAACCUCAAACCAACUAUAAAUUGUAGAAAUUCAUAUAUAAAUAUUGAAAGCAUUUAAUGAGAACUUAAAGGUGUGCAACAUGAAAAUAUUGUAAUUUACAUUGUGUAAUUUAUUGAUGGUCACUAACUAUCCCCGGAGAUAUGUUAUCCAAAGUCGAGCUAACUUUGCUACAGUUGCACACCAGCUGGCUUAAGAUAAUUGGCUAAAUAAUUUGGCUACCUCUUCCCACCUGCGAACACAAACAGGAGACACCCACAUCAAACCACACCCAAAACCAACUCAUGUUUGAAUUCAGUCAUGGCAACUAGCAUUUCUUAAUGAACCAAAUUUAAAUUGAGGCCAAAUCAGGAAGUGCAGUGGCCCUUUAACCUCAUUCACAUACAAAUAUAAUGAAGCUAUUGGGUCUGACUAUUUGAUUUUUUCCAAAGUUAAAUAUUUUCAUCCUAUUUAACUAUUGUGAUAUGUUGAUUGAUGUAAUUGUACAGUUUGCCUGUAUGUACACAUAUGGAAUAAAACAAAGUUUUGUGAAUGA